AUGGGAUGCGGCCGCAGUCGCGUCUCGGACGAGGCUGAGGAGGUGCGUCUAGUGACCGGCAGCAGCGCCGGCAGCCACGCACCGCGCGAGGCCUGGGUGUCCGAAAAGCUGCACGCGCUGCCCCUGCUGCAACCACUGCUGCAGCCGAUGGGCGCCAUGCGCGGCCGCAAGACUACCGCCGUGCAGAAGAUGGAGAACCAGGCGCAAACGGACAGUGCCUUCAACGAGGACGAGUUCGACUGGGACCUGAGCGACAAGAGCGACGUCGAGACGCAGACGUACCGGCUGCCGCACCAGGUGGCGUGCGACGUGAGCGUGCAGACGGACACGCGCACGGCCGGCACGCAGACGGUGGUACAGCGCGUGAGCCGCGUCACGCAGACGGAGCCGCCGCAGCUGUCGCCGGCGUCGCGCACGGUGACGCGCCACGGUUCGCCGACGCCGAGUGCGUCGGUCAGCGCGGCACUGGCGAUGCUCGAAGCGCCGCCGGCCGUCGACUUCGAGAGCCAGGUGAACAUGGCGGCCGAGACCAGUGUGAUUAAGGAGUGCCAGACGAACGGCCGCGAGAUGGCCUCGCCGGCCGGCCGGCUGCACCACAGCCUGCGGAGGUCGCUCGACUUGGAUGACGCCACCAGCCUUCACGAGAUUCUGACCGACAACGACUUCCUGACGGACGAGGCGCCCGAGUACGCCGCCGUGCCGCCGCCCUGCAAGAAGCUGGAGCUGGUUGGCGACGAGACCCUCUUCGACGAGGUCGACGACUGGGUGCUGACGACGCCGGAGAAGCUGGCCGGCGACCUCACCCAGCUGGCCGUCCACCUCGUGACGCCCUGUGGUGACGAUGACCUGCUGAAGGCGCGCGCCAUCUUCUACUGGAUCGUCAACAACAUCCGCUUCGACUGGUCGCUGCUGGACAGCCGGCUGGACGCGGCGGACGUGCUGCUGCGCCGCGCCGGCGUCUGCCGCGAGUACGUCCUCCUCUUCAGCGAGCUGUGUGACAAGGUGGGCCUGCGCGCCAAACGGCUGCACGGCUUCGCCAAGAACCACGACUACAAGCCGGGUCACCACUUCCGGCCGAAGGAGGAUGCCACGCACGCCUGGAGCGCCGUGUUCGUGCGCGGUUCGUGGCGGCUCGUAGACUGCACGUGGGGCGCAGGCUUCACGGACACCGCAGGCCAGUUUGUACCGCGUGUGAACGAGUUUUACUUCCUGUCCGACCCGGAGGACCUCGGCUGGACCCACUUCCCCUUCGACGACAGUGAGAAGGACUACGAUAGGUGGCAGCUGCUGGUGUUACCUCAGACGCUGGAAGAGUUCAACCGGUUACCGAAGGUGACGCCCUGGUUCUUCAUGAACGAGCUUCGCCUGAAGCGGAUGUACGAGUGUCCCGUCUCCUUCAAGCACCAGACCGAGGUGGAGAUCUUCUGCCACGGACCUUUCAUGCGCUUCAAGUACAAGUUCUACAGCGUCAGCGAGAUCGAGAGUAGCGAGCUGAACGGGUUCGUGUUCUGCCAGCUGCGCGGCUCAGAGCGCCGGCUGGCCAGCUUCACAGUGCAGCCGCCCGAGAGCGGCUCCUACUUCCUCAAGGUGUACGGCCGGCCCGAGGAGGACAUCAUGGACGACGAGACUCUGCCGCUCGACCACCUGGCCACCUUCCUGCUGCACUGCGAGAAGCCGCGGCGCCAGUUCAGUCCCUGGCCGGUGAGCGACAUUCCUUGGGGGCCGACCGGCUUCUUCUACGAGAUGGGUGUGUCGCUCUUCAACCAGGACGGCCCUGUUAUCGUGACGUGGGGCGGCUUCAAGCAGCUCGUGCUGGAAACCAAGACCGACCUGCUCACCAUGGUGCAGAUUUUCGACGCAGACGGGCUGGAGAUCGAGUCCAAGUCGAUCGUAAAGCGCAAGGACGUGGACGGCGACAUCAUCUUCUUCAUCCACCCGCCGCGGAUCGGCUUCUACAAGAUGCUGUUGUACGGCAUGCCGCGGCCCAGCGAGAAGGGCAAGUGGCGUCUGCCGCUUAUCUCCUCUUUCCUCAUUGACUCGAAGCUGAGCCGCAGCGACGGUGAGCCGGCCAAGGACGACGACGUCGUCGCCAAAAAGAAGACGAUCCGCCUCAAACCGCGCGCCCGGUGAGGCUCGCGACCGCGUCACCUGCGUGAACUCGUGGCCCGAGUGACCUCGCGACCGGGUUGGACCGCGCCCGGCGGACUCUGAGGCCUCGAGGUCAAGGCUGCGCGCCCGUGGCCUGCAGGAUCGCGGCGGUUAUGUGCUGUCAUCCGGCUCGUGGUCCUGGUUGACCUGUGUGACCUGUGGCACGUGAUGUGUGCCACCUGCCCGGUGGGAGCUUCGGCCAAAUGGUUCGCGGUGAGUGUGCAGAAGUCGCAUGCGCGCGGCCCCAUAUCUCCCAUAUGCUCAAAACCCGUUGAAAAUGGUUUAUAUUUUACCCCAGAGUGUUUGAAGUUUGGUCUUGCUUAGUAAUAUACCGCGCUGGGGUUUACCAUGCGCACAAGAGGAUGGCCAACAAAAGUCGGUUCCAAGGCCACAUUACUUCUCAUAUCAACAGCGUAUGAAUUCGUUACGUCUUUCGGGAUUGAAGAGGAAAUUUGCUGUUGUGUUUUUUAGGUGGAAUCGCGUCCGAUCGCAGACUUGAUGGAUAAUACUCUUCGAGUAGCAUCAUCCAUCCAUUCUACCGAAUUUCAUUCACGGCGUCUGUGGGAUUUUAGAGUUGCUGGUGUAAUGAGCAUCACACCAUUUACGCUUCUUUGAUGACUCAUUCCGCAUGGGAAUGGCGGCUGCUCAGUCGAUGGCAGAGGCAGGAAAAUGAUAUAGUUGAGCUUGUGCCGGGCAGGCGGUCGGUUCAUUUUCAUUCAUUAUCGCAUCGUGCCGACAAGGCAAUCUGUAUGGUGGUGCCGCGGGCACACGGAGCAUCGUGUUCUGCUCAAGUUUUCAGUGUUAGUGUACUAGAACACCAUGUGGAGAUACUGUGCCAGGCAUUGCUGUAAUUUGUAUUAUCAUCCACAUUUCCUAUACUUCUAUGCAUUCAGGACGCGGGCAAUGGCUCCUGAAGCUUCAACUCGGAACGCACAGCAAGACUCUUGAUACAUGCACGGCAUUUGGACAGGAGGCCCACCAGAUCCCCGUAGCGCUGUCGAUGGUAAUUUGUACUGUAUUGAACCGGUUCCCAGCAACCCUGACCAGCUGGUGGCUUUGUCGCCGCAUUCAGGGGGCCGGACUGCCUUAAUGUUUGGAGAAACAAGCCUUCGCGGCUCGUGGAUACGUCAAUGGUGGAUGACGAAAAGGGCCCUUCGAUUCUAUACUUCAGAGCUUUUCAGCUAGUCAGACGUGUGACGACUAGGUAGGCUUGGACUGAGAUCAGUGGAUUUUGCUACCCAUCAGAGGACUGUGCUACAGGGAUUUCUAAUGUCGUGCGUUUUAGGCAUUUCUUUGAACGUUCCAGCCUCGCAAAACGGCAGCCCAAUGAGUAGAAGUUUAUAUAUCAGCGCACUCCUCUUCAGCGUUUUGUAUUGGAAUUCCGUGUCGUGCCUAUGUUAUGAAUAAAAUCGCCAGCGCAUUUCCGAACAUGUCCACCCUGGCUAGAGGCGUGCGGCAUCUCACCUGCCAUUUUCGAACAUGCCCACCCUGGCUAGAGGCGUGAGGCAUCUCACCUGCCAUUUUCGAACAUGCCCACCCUGGCUAGAGGCGUGCGGCAUCUCACCUGUCAUUUUCGAACAUGCCCACCCUGGCUAGAGGCGUGCGGCAUCUCACCUGCCAUGCAUUCUCAACUGUGAUUUGCCUUCAACCAUUGACAUUGUGUGAUUGGUCGGUGAUGCUCAGACCGUGCUCAUGGCGCCCCUCACUGAUGACUGUUCGUCAUGACCGACGUGGGCCGCGACAAGAUUUCGCGCUCACUGUCUGUAUGCGUGUCUGUGCGCCUACGCCUGUGUGUGUUUCGGGUUCUGCAUCGAGCCUGUGGUUAUGCAACUGCCCUGUCUGGAUCGCGAGUCCUCACGUGCCAUAUGUUAGCGUUAGUGCCUCGGAGUGUAAGAGGAGCAUUGCGCAGAAACUGUGUAUAUUUUCGUCAUGGACGGAUAAGUGGGAAGUUUCUUUGGAAAUGUUUACUUUCAAAGCAAAGCUGGUCGUCUGAGGAUGAUGCCUAUCAAGCUGAUAUAUUCCGGAACUACUGUAUUGAUAAUGGCUGAAAACCACCUUCCAAUCCCCUUUA